GCAGAUCCAGCCCCAAGAGCUCUCUAACCCAGCGUUACCCAGCGUUAGGCUGCCGACACUGCCGAUCCGCACACCCGUUACCCGGUGAUCGCUGCCGCACAACCAAAGAGUGUUCGCGUACUUCGUGGUCACCGAGAAGUUCCAGCUCACAAGCCCAAGCCCAGGGUAGCGAAACCGCAAAAGAUAGGCCCAAAAGUUCCAAAACCAAAUACAAAACCCACCAAGUACAAGUCCCACGAUGCCACCGACCGUGCACAAGGAGACCAAUUUCUCCACCACAGACCUGAAGUGGAAGAUGACUCUCGUCCAGCCGUCCGGAGAGCUGAGCGCCAAGAUCAAGGAGGAGCUGCGCGAGCCCGCGAACCCGGCCGACAUCGAGCGCGAUAUCGGCAUCAUCCGCGAGUGGCUCAGCAAGCAGCCGCACCUGCCGAAGGAUAUGGACGAUGCCCGCCUUCGCACCUUCCUGCGGGGCUGCAAGUUCAGCCUGGAGCGCGUCAAGCAGAAGCUGGACAUGUACUACACCAUGCGCAACGCCGUGCCGGAGUUCUUCACCGAGCGUGACGUUAACCGCGCGGAGAUGACCGAGGUCCUGAACGUUAUUCACAUGCCACCGCUGCCGGGUCUGACGCCGAACGGGUGCCGUGUGGUGAUGCUGCGCGGUACGGAGAAGGACAUCGCCACGCCGAACGUGGUCGAGUCGAUGAAGGCCACGCUGAUGAUCGGCGACAUCCGCCUGUCGGAGGAGUCGGUCGGGGUGGCCGGCGACGUGUACGUGCUGGACGCGAGCGUCGCCACGCCGACGCACUUCGCCAAGUUCACGCCGGCGCUGGUGAAGAAGUUCCUGAUCUGCGUCCAGGAGGCCUACCCGGUGAAGCUGAAGGAGGUGCACGUGAUCAACGUGUCGCCGAUCGUCGACACGAUCGUCAACUUCGUGAAGCCGUUCCUGAAGGAGAAGAUCCGCGAGCGCAUCCACAUCCACAGCAACAUCGAGGACCUGUACAAGUUCGUGCCGAAGGAGAUGCUGCCGAGCGAGUACGGUGGCAGUGCCGGAUCGGCGAAGGAACUGAACGAUCAAUGGCGCACCAAGAUGGCCGAGUACACCGGCUGGUUCAAGGAGCAGGAAGCCUCCAAGGCAAACGAGUCGCUCAGACCGGGCGCCCCCAAGACGGCGGACGAACUGUUCGGCAUGGACGGAACCUUCCGGCAGCUGACCAUCGACUAGGGCACCACCGCGGAGAGCCCCUCACCACCACAACCACCACAUUCCCAUCAUACCAUCAUCCGGUGCGCGCCCCUUUCGAUCCGGCCGGCUCCGGCUACGCGACCUCCGGGACCGGGGAUCGGAAUGGGCACACCCAGCGAAAAACCAAAAAAAAAAACAAAUCAUA